GCCGGCAUAUUGGAUAAAACGGGGCCGAAAUCUGCUAAAACCCUAAACCCCCGAAAAUGGAACUGCAAUCAGUUUGUCGUGGGCUUCCCACUCCGAAGUUGGGGUUUUCCACAUACCGAUUGCUUUCUCAUCAAUCCGUAACUGUUUCAGCAAAUCAAGGUGGAUUGAGGGAUCAAAAGGUUCCAGUUGGUAUUGCGUCGAAAUCACAUUUGAUGCUUGGUUUGAAGAGGGUGUUUAAGAAAUCUUCGGUGCUGGGCUCAGAAAGAAGAGUUAUUGUAUGUGCUGCUAAAUAUAACCCAGACGAGAAGUUGCAAUUUUCGGGCAGAGAAAAUUCUGAUUCUGGCGUUGCUGCUAGUGGAAUUGAUGGGGCGGAGCCUUUUCGGGGUAAAUCGGGUUCAAUUUCAUUUUAUGGGUUGACUCACCAGUCUGUAGAGGAAGGCAAAUUGCAGUCAGCCCCUUUUAACGAGGGGAAGAGCUCGUUUCUUUGGGUGUUAGCCCCCGUUGCAUUGAUUUCAUCAUUGAUUCUUCCACAGUUCUUCUUCUCUGAGGCAAUUGAGUAUAUCCUGGGGGACGUGCUGUUCGUAGAACUUGUGACUUCUUUAUUAUUCGAGGUCCUGUUUUACAUUGGUAUUUCAAUAUUCCUGCUUGUAACUGACCGUGUUCAAAGGCCAUAUUUGCAAUUUAGUCCAAAGAGGUGGGGUCUCAUCACAGGUCUCCGAGGGUACUUAACAAGUGCUUUCUUCACAAUGGGCUUCAAGGUCAUUGCCCCUAUCUUAGCUGUCUCUGUCAACUGGCCGAUUAUUGGCCUGCCAAGCCUGAUUGCAGUGGGUCCUUAUCUAUUCGGCUGUCUUGUACAACUUGCAUUUGAGAAGUUUGUGGACAUGAGUGGAUCGUCUUGUUGGCCUUUGGUUCCUAUAAUUUUUGAGGUCUAUAGACUCUAUCAGUUGACAAAAGCUUCUCAUUUCAUUGAAAAGUUGAUGCUCACAUUGAAGGGGCGCCCCACUUCUCCAGAAUUGCUAGAAAGGAGUGGUGCCCUGUUUUCCAUGAUAUCCACUUUCCAAGUUCUCGGCAUUGUCUGCCUCUGGUCCUUGCUGACAUUUCUUCUGAGGCUUUUCCCUUCUAGACCUGUAGCAGAGAAGUACUAAUGUGUGUAUGAGGAAUGAAUCUAGGCAUUGAAAACCUGGUAGGGAGAGCAGCAGAAGCGAUUUCCCAGAGGAGUAAUGAGCCUCUCAUACGUGUUAGAUGACCACAACGUGUUCCCCUCCCUCCUUAACGUCAAUGGCGCUAUGAGUUUGCAGAAGAGAUGCUUGGUCGAACCUGUAAGCACUCAUGAUGGAGAACUUUUCUCUUUGUUAAGGGCUCAUUUUAGUUCAUCUUGAUCGGUAACCUGUAGAAUUUGAAUUCUGAGGAUUUUGUUUGUCGAAUCAUUAUCAAAGGUGUGACGGAUCUUUAGAUUCGUUCUAUCGCCUUGUAUCA